UAAAUUUACAAGACUUUUAUUCAUUCCAUAAACAUUUUGUGCAAUUAAUAUUGAAAUGGACUUAAAGGCCACAACCGUCCUCACAAACCUUCAAAGAGGAAACAUUGAAGCUAAAAUUUCAACAUCAAUCACCUUGUCAUUCCAUGAAAAGUGUGGUCAAGGAGAAAUUGAGGAUGAAGAUUUAAAGCUAGCAGAGGUUGUAAAUCAACCAGAUGAAGAUAAUCACUUCACACCACUCCAUUGGGCUUGUCACUAUGGACAACACAAGACAGCAGAAAAGUUGAUUAAACAUGGUGCAAAUCCAAAUAUCCUUGCCAAAAAUUUCAUUUCUCCAUUGCAUCUAGCAGCAGCUGGUGGUCAUCAUGAUGUCGUUAGACUUUUAAUAACUCAUAAUGCUAAAGUCAAUCAAUUGGAUAUUGAUGGGAACUCACCACUUCAUUUUGCAGCUUUUGGAAAUUUUCCACAUUCAACAAAUGAAAUAUUACAAAGUGGACAUGCCAAUGUGCUGCAAACAAAUGGUGAUGGGAAGAGUGCCUAUCAUUUGGCAAUUGAAAACAAGGCACAUUUGGCACAAGCUGUGAUUGAAAAUUUCAUCAGUGGAGUCAUAAGUUGAUAGUUUUUAAACAAAUUUACUUUAAAGUACUAACAAUCAUGUUAAGUGUCUAACUGUUAUUUAUUGUAAUGAGAUGUUAUCAAAGAUUAUGUGAUAAAUGUUGUUCGAUGUGGAUACACAUAAAGGAUUUGUAAACUGUUCUGGAGAUAAAUGUUAUUAAUUUUGUAUUUAAUCGUCAAAAUUUGUAUAUUUCUGUGUAAAUUCUGACUUUACUAAGC